AGGACUCAGGCAGGAUUCAGCAGUUGCAGUGCAGAGAUGCUUGCAGCAUGAGGCGCAGCGGAACAGCGCUCUCCUUUCUGCUGAGUGAGAGGGCCCGGGAGUCAGCAGAUUCUGGAUCAGCUCCUGUGAGCCCCCUUAGUACUGGUGUUAUCCGGAGACGCUUCUCAGGGACCCCAUUGCUGCCACCACUGUCGAGCCGCCUUGGAUCCCCUGGAGAGACUGACCCCAGCCCCCGUGUGGUGUUCACCAUUGAGGCUCGAGGGACAGAGCAAAGCCAUGGCCAGGCUCCAGGCAGCUUUGACCUGGAAAAUGGGCUCUCAUGUGGGAGAAGUGCCCUGGACCCUCAAGCUGGGCCUGGCCUUGGACGUGUUGCCCAAGCACCUGCCCAGCACAAUCAGCGUCGGGAAUCCUUCCUGUACCGCUCAGACAGCGACUAUGAACUCUCCCCCAAGGCGAUGUCCCGGAACUCCUCCGUGGCCAGCGAUCUACACGGAGAAGACAUGAUUGUGACACCCUUUGCCCAGGUUCUGGCCAGUCUGCGGACGGUUCGAGGCAACCUAGCAGCGCUUGCCCACCUGCCAGGCCGCUGGACAACCAAGCAGGUGUCUGUCGGGAACCCCCCAACUGGCAGUCAUCCUCCUCCUCCUCCAGAGGACACUGGGCAGAAGCUGGCUUUGGAGACACUGGAUGAGCUGGAUUGGUGUCUGGAUCAGCUGGAGACACUGCAGACACGCCACUCGGUGGGAGAGAUGGCCUCUAACAAGUUCAAACGGAUGCUGAACCGCGAGCUGACUCACCUGUCCGAAACCAGUCGCUCUGGGAACCAGGUCUCCGAGUACAUAUCCCGAACCUUCCUGGACCAGCAGACGGAGGUAGAGUUGCCGAGGGUGACCCCCAUGGAGUCCCCGAGGCCCAUGUCCCAGAUCAGUGGCCUGCAUGGGCUCCCUCACAGCACCAGCCUCUCUGCAGCCCCUAUCCCACGAUUUGGGGUCCAGACCAACCAAGAGGGGCAACUGGCCAAGGAACUGGAAGACACCAACAAGUGGGGGCUUGAUGUAUUCAAGGUGGCAGAGCUAAGUGGGAACCGGCCUCUCACAGCCAUCAUAUUUAGCAUCUUUCAGGAACGGGACCUGCUCAAGACAUUUCAGAUCCCAGCAGACACACUUGCCACCUACCUGCUGACACUGGAGAGUCACUAUCAUGCCGAUGUGGCCUACCACAACAACAUACAUGCGGCUGAUGUGGCCCAGUCUGCGCACGUGCUCCUGGCCACACCUGCCCUGGAGGCUGUCUUCACAGACCUGGAAGUCUUGGCUACCAUCUUUGCAAGUGCUAUCCAUGAUGUGGACCAUCCUGGAGUCUCCAACCAAUUUCUCAUCAACACCAACUCAGAGCUUGCACUCAUGUACAAUGAUGCCUCUGUACUGGAGAACCACCACCUGGCUGUGGGCUUCAAGCUGCUGCAGGCAGAAAACUGUGAUAUCUUCCAAAACCUCAGUGCCAAGCAGCGGCUGAGUCUGCGGAGGAUGGUCAUCGACAUGGUGCUAGCCACCGACAUGUCCAAGCACAUGAAUCUCCUGGCUGACCUCAAGACCAUGGUGGAGACCAAGAAGGUGACAAGCCUAGGAGUCCUGAUGUUGGACAACUACUCUGACCGCAUCCAAGUCCUGCAGAACUUGGUUCACUGUGCCGACCUCAGCAACCCCACAAAACCGCUGCCCCUAUACCGCCAGUGGACAGACCGCAUCAUGGCCGAGUUCUUCCAGCAGGGUGACCGUGAGCGUGAGUCAGGCCUGGACAUCAGCCCCAUGUGUGACAAGCACACGGCUUCGGUGGAGAAGUCCCAGGUGGGUUUCAUUGAUUACAUUGCCCACCCGCUGUGGGAGACCUGGGCGGACCUGGUCCACCCAGAUGCACAGGACCUGCUGGACACACUGGAAGACAACCGAGAGUGGUACCAGAGCAAGAUACCCCGCAGCCCGGUCGACCCCACCAGCCCCGAGCGGGGUGGACCUGACAGGUUCCAAUUUGAGCUGACUUUGGAGGAGGCUGAAGAAGAAGAGGAGGAAGAGGAGGAAACACUGGACUGUGGGGUCUCAGAGUCACCUGACACUGAGCUCCUGUCCCCUGAGGUCAGUCUAGACCCUGGGACUCCACACCUGCACAAUCAGAGGACUAUGGGCAAGGCCUGUGUGGACCCCAAGGGAACUGUGAUGGCUGAGUCCUUUGGCACCUAGUGGCCCCUGCUGGGUGAGUGGACUUUCCAGGAAGAGGUCCACCUCUUCCCAGGUAGUCCCUGCUUUGUCUUUCCCACUCACUGAGGGAGACAACCAAGCUUUUAAGUUGAGGCAGGUAUUAGGAUUGAAUUGAAGACACCUGGCUGGGGUGUACUCUGACCACCAGGCUGACUCAAAACUUUGCAAGUUUCUUUAAGUACCUUUGGAAUCCCCCUCCUGGUCUUGUACACCUGGUGUGGAAGAGGGGUGUUUGCCAGGCCUCUUGUCACCUUCCCUUGAACCACGUCCAUCACUUAUUCUUCACUCUUUAUCAGAUAAUUAUUAGAUGCUGUAUUCCAGGCCUGUGCCUGCUGUGUCUCUAGGGUAGCCCUGCACAAGGGUUAGGGAAUUGACCCCAAAAGAUCCCCUCUGCAGGUGCCUCCCCUUCAUCCGCCAGGUAGAUGCAAGAGAGGAGGACCCUUGAACAGGGGAAUUCUCACCACUAAAGCAUUCCGAUCCAGCUAUGGUGGGGGCCGAUGGGAACAAGAGAGAGAAGGCUCUGUGUCAGGGACCAUCUCUGAAGACAGAUUCAGCCUGUCAUUGUU